GACUCCACAACGACUUCUGUCUCAUAUCUACUUAAAAGCUUUCCCUUCACAUUUGUCUGUCUGACUGCUCUGCUGUCCAACUGAAAAAAUAAGCACCCAAUAAAAUAUGUUUAAGAAUACUACUCACUCUUUUUAAAGUACACAAAGUGAGCUUUAAGACAAGACUGAGAGUCUACAGUUGAGCCCAGAAUUGCUCAGGCCAGCACCUUGCAUGGUAGCUUACUUCAGUUUGUAUGUUAAUGAAUGGAUGAACUGUACAGCACUCUGAAUAAAAGCACUAUAAAAAUGCAGCCAUUUACCAUGCACACCAUCUCAGUUUAGCAUGUAAGCAUGCUAAUGCUAACUGUCAUUUAAUUACUGUGUUCUCUAUCACAGGGGCCGACAGAGACAAACAACCUCUCAUGCACAUAUUCACACCUGUGGGCAAUUAAGAGUAAUUAGCAUAACUCUCAGAAACAGGAUUUAGUCUGUGGUCACAUCUUCUUCUGCAAAGGAAACAGAAAAGGGAAAUGACAGAUGCAAAAUUAUGAACAUACUGCAAGUUUAAUCCUGCAAGUCACUUCCUGUACAUCUUUCAGCAUAACAUAGGAAACAAAGAAGAAACACACAUACUGACAUGUUUUUAAAGCUUAAUACCAGUUGAUCCUGAUACUGGUCCGAUAUUAUGUUUUGUUUUGUUUAGCUGAGUUUUAUUUUUUAUGUUUUCAUGGUGUUUUUGACUAAAUCUUUUAAUUUGGCCGCCUUCACUCAAAUACACUUCCUCUCACACUGACAGAAACAUAAACUCUAAGUUAAGUAACAAUGGGGAAGUGACAUCUUCAUUUCACGACAUUUUCUAUUUGAGGGAACAUUAGUGCCCUAGACACUGAUAGAGAGAGAGCAGAAAGUCUGGUUUUAACUGGAUUAACAUGGCAUUAUCUGUGAUGCUGCUGCUUCACCUCACAGUUGUAACUGGACAAUACUCAUCUUUCCGUGUCAGAGAUGGGGAUGAAGUCACUUUGCCUUGUGAAAAUCUGACAUACAGCCAGAGGGACUGUGGAAAUACACAGUGGACACUCAGUGGUCAAAUAAACACAGCAGAAGUCAAGCUCGUCACAUUUGGGAAGAUCCACGAAGAAUCCAAAUCUAAAUCAGACAGACUGAGUCUCACAGAGAACUGUUCUCUGGUUAUAAAGAAGGUCACAGCUGAGGAUGCUGGGAAAUACACCUGCAGACAGUUUGACAGAUCAGGACAACAACAAGGUCCAGAUGCUCAGGUUUUUCUGUUUCUUGUUACCAAGACUGAACAGAAGAACAGAGAUCAGGUGACAUUAAACUGUUCUGUGUCGACAUAUGGAUGGUGCAACCACAGAGUGAAGUGGCUGAUCGAGGACAAAGAUAUCAGAGAUAUGAAGACAUCACAGGUUUACUGCUCAGCCACUGUGUCCAUUUUGACUUCUCAUUACAAUUACACAUCAAGGUCUGGAUUAUUUAAGUGUGAAAUGACCGAUACUCACUCUGGAAAGGUGCAGCAGUUCACCUUCAGCCAUCAGUCCUCAGCAGCACCUGCAGAUGAAGAAGUGGCAAAACCGCAAGGUUGGCAGAGGUUCAUCAUCGUGUCUGUGGGGUUGGCAGCGCUAUUAAUAAUCGUUGUGGCAGUUAAUAUAUGGGCGAAAACUAAAGGAACCAAAACACAGAUGGAUGAAAACAAUCUGCACAAUACUGAGGGUGAUACUACAGUGAACUAUGAAAACAUGAAUGAUCUUUAUGCCUCUGUCAGAUUCUGACAUGGAGCAAAAUGGACUGCAUAGUUGUGACACUUUCCUUCAAAUCUCACUCUGAGUGCUUUAACCAGACAACAGCCAAGUUGCAUUUUAUAAUGUUUGUCAUUUUUACUGGUGAAAGUGUCAGCAGCAGGUAAAAAUAAGAAGCUGUGAAUUGAAUAUUUAACCGUUAACACUGAUUUCAGCAAAUAUGACAGGAAGAGGACAGUUAAAGAUUCAACUACAAGAUGAAUUUUAUUUGCAUAUGUAAGUGAAAUUAAUCCUAAAGGCAUUUUAUGAUGAAUGGACGAAGACCUUGCAACUUGUGUUUCUGAAUUUCUGUAACUGUAUGAGAACACAACUCUUUAAAGAUAUAAGCUUGGCAAAAUAUCAGCGUACAGCUUUAGCGAUCAACCUCUCUAAACCUGUAAAAUAAAUCUGCGUGAGAAAUUUAAGAUUGUAAAUGUGUAGAAAAGAUUUGUAUAUGUAAAAAAUUAAAUAAAAUCUGUGAACUAAUGA